AUGGGGAAGGGAAAAAGGCUAGGAGGUUCUGGUGAAUACAAUUCUUUUGUUGUUCAGUUUGCUUUACCUAUUAUUGUUCAAGAGACUCGAGCCGCCGACUUCUUUUCCUCUCUAUCCUUUAUCCGUCUCUCUCACACGCUGGCGUCAUCAUCCAGGAGAACUAGCGGAUCGGUGCUCUCUUCCCGGAGAUCUACCUCGCCGGGUGGUGGCUCCUCCGCUUUCGCCUCCUCUUCCUCCAGUUUUACUUCCCGAGCCACUGCUGCCUUGUUUGACCGCCAGUAUCAGCGCCAUCGUGCCGCCUCACCAACCCGCGUGCAUCUCUACGGCGCCUCCCCUCCCCAUCCUCCUGUGGUACGCUUCUCCCUCGAUCGUUCCACUUCUCCUGGUCGUUCCCUCUCCGUUCCCGACAAGCGUUCCCCUUCGGCUGCCGCCUCCCCUGUACGCCGCACCUGUCUUUGCUCCCCCACCACCCACCCUGGAUCCUUUCGCUGCAGCCUCCACAAGGGCAACCAAUACCAAACCGCUUCCUUUGCCUCUCAGUCGAACCGUCUCAACGCUUGCCGUUCUGCCAUGAAAAACUCACUGGUCCGUAUCGGAGCCGUCGAGGGCGAUUGGGUGAAGCGUGCGCUCUCCGCCCUCAUUCGCCCUUCAUCCCACCAGCAGCGCCGCCGGUGUGACUUCCUACCUCGCCCCAGCCCCCUCUCCCGCAUGUCCAAAGCCGGCGAUCCGUAGAUCGACAGAUCUCAAAUCAGGUUCGUUAAAAAAAUUGGAAAAAUAAAAAUCCGUUCUAAUCUUUCACCAGAGAUUCUUCAUCGACCGGCCGAUUUUGAUCGGAGAGGAAGGUUGGAGUUUUUUUUGCUGAUUUUUCCCAUUAAAUAAAAAAUUGUACCAAAAACAGCAGGCUGAUCUGCUCCGUCCAUUUGUAUAUGCUUUUCUGCUGCCGUCGAUGCUGCCUAAUGAACAAGCACAUCGGAAUAGAAUUGAGGACGACAUAUCAGAA